GACACUAGAGAUCAAUAUAUAAGAUUUUUAUCUCCGAAUCUGUCAGUCCGAAAGCAAAAGGUGAAAAUGACAGGUGUAAAUUUUAUUUUAGGCAUUCUUGGCCUUUUAUUUUUACAUUCUAAGUGUCAACUUCCUCCAACUGUGUAUCAGUAUUACACAGAAGGAGGCAUCAAUUCUGGUCUGGAAGCCCUGCCAGGUCAGUUCAGGCUAAAUGGAAAAGACAUUACCCUGUACUCAGGGUCAAUACACUACUUCCGAGUGGUUCCUGAGUAUUGGCGCGACCGACUGAGGAGAAUGCGCGCUGCUGGGCUGAACACCAUUGAUACUUACGUUCCGUGGAACCUGCACGAGCCCCGCAAAGGCGAGUUCGAUUUCGGCGCUGGAAACAAUGAGUUCUCCAAGGUGCUCAAUCUCAGGGAGUUUCUACAAAUCGCUCAGGAAGAAGAUUUGUUGGUGAUUUUAAGACCUGGCCCAUAUAUCUGCUCAGAGUGGGAAUUCGGGGGCCUACCAAGCUGGCUCUUGCGGUACCCUGACAUCAAAGUCCGCACCUCCGAUCCUGUGUUCACAGGCCACGUGAAAACCUACUUUGACCAACUUUUGGCACAGGUUGUCGACCUUCAAUUUACUAAGGGAGGCUCUAUAAUUGCGGUCCAGAUUGAAAACGAGUACGGAUCGUUCGGGAAUUACGACGAAAUCAAAGACCGCGAAUACCUGGCCUUCAUCAGGGACAAUUAUGUCGAAAAUGGAAUUGAGGAACUCUUGCUAACGUGCGAUUCACCCGCCCUUGUCGGCGACACUGGAUCUCUUCCAGGCUAUCUCAUGACGGCGAAUUUCGAUAACAACCCUGAGGCGCAAUUUGACAGGUUGCUGGAGCUGCAACCUGAUAAGCCGCUGAUGGCUAUGGAGUUUUGGGCAGGCUGGUUUGAUUAUUGGUUCGGCACUCACACUGGAGGGCUCAACCCUGAAAAUUUCUCUAAGCACCUUAGCACAAUCUUCAGUUACAACGCGUCUGUAAAUUUCUACAUGUUUCACGGCGGAAGCACUUUUGGCUUUAUGAACGGCGCGAAUAAAAUUCCGGUUUUCCCUAGCUACCUUUCAGACGUGUCCAGCUAUGAUUACGGUGCACCCUUGAGUGAAGCAGGCGACUACACAGAAAAAUACAACGUUACAAAGGAGCUUAUUGCUCUGGACAACAAAGUGCAAACUUUCACACCAGAGCAACCCCCACUAAAUCCUAAAAUUGCUUAUCCUGCAGUGCAAAUUCAAGAAUAUUUGACCUACGACCAAUUGAUCAAUCACAUACCACUGGAUUUGGUGACGGAAAUUCAGACAGUGACCAACAUGGAGGCCCUUGACAUCAACAACGGCAACGGUCAAAGUUAUGGACUGACCGUUUACCGCAAGCAACUCGACCUGGCCCCCACGGCUGAGUUGCAGAUCGUCGGACACAUUCGGGACGUAGCCAUGGUCCUGGUUGAUGGCGAGCAGAAAACGCAAAAGCCGCAAGGUAGCGGUGCACUCUUAGGAUUUGGCUUUUGGACAACCUCAAACUCGACUUUUACUAUUGAGGGUGCAGCUGCUGGAUUAAACACGCUGGACGUGGUUGUCGAAAACUGGGGGCGAGUCAACUUUGGCGGACCGGCGUAUUUCGAGCAGCAGAAAGGACUGUUUGAGGGCCCAAUUUUAGUGGACGACGUUGAGCUCACCGAUUUGACUGCCAUACCGCUUGAGCUCAAAUCAAACUGGAUUCAAGGAUUGACGGGCUGGCAGGCGUUUGAGGCCGAGCGCAAUUUGACCGGUCCCGUGAUGCUGAGGGCCACCUUUGACCUCGCCGAGCCUCCGCAGGACACGUUCUUGGACAUGAGCGCAUGGGGCCGGGGCAGCGUGUUCGUCAACGGCUUCCACGUGGGACGCUUCUUCCACGUCGGCCCCCAGAUCACAAAUUAUAUUCCAGCACCCUUGUUAAAGCAGGGUUUAAAUGAGAUUGUAAUUUUUGAACAUUACUUGGCCGCGGAGCAACUCGUGUUUUCUGACGUUCCAAUUUUGAGAGGAUGAUCGAGAGAUCAAUAAAUGAAUUUUAAUAAAUAUAUCCUUAUAAAUAUCUUGAAUUUUCCACGUUUA